UUUGAAGCUCUCUCUUCACAGGGGUUUCUGCGAGAGAGAGAGUGGGGAGAGAGAUUCAGUCGAUCUCUCUGAGUAUAGCAGCAAAGAGAAAAAAACGAAAAACAAACUGAAAAUUUCUGAAAUUCCAAGUUCCAAUCCAAAUCUUUGUAUCUGAACAAGCCGAAACUUCGCUUUCAAUCUCUUCAACUUGCUUUAGGGCUUUCUUUCUGCACUUCGAUCGCCAUGGAUUUGCGCUUCCCUUACUCCCCGGCAGAGGUUGCCAAAGUUCGAAUGGUUCAGUUUGGCAUUCUUAGCCCCGAUGAGAUUAGGCAAAUGUCCGUGGUACAGAUUGAGCAUGGUGAAACUACGGAGAGGGGUAAGCCAAAAGUAGCUGGUUUGAGUGACCCGCGACUUGGUACAAUCGACAGAAAAAUGAAGUGCGAAACUUGCACUGCAAAUAUGGCUGAGUGCCCUGGGCACUUUGGGCACCUGGAGCUUGCCAAGCCAAUGUUUCAUAUUGGGUUUAUGAAGACCGUGCUCACUAUUAUGCGUUCUGUUUGCUUCAAUUGCUCAAAGAUUCUAGUUAGCGAGGAUGACCCCAAGUUUAAACAAGCAUUGCGGAUAAAGAAUCCCAAGAACAGGCUUAGAAAGAUUUUGGAUGCCUGCAAGAACAAAACCAAGUGUGAAGGUGGAGAUGAAAUUGAUGUUCAAGGUCAAGAAUCAGAUCAACCGGCCAAAAAGGGUCGGGGUGGCUGUGGUGCUCAGCAGCCUAAGAUCACAAUUGAGGGUAUGAAAAUGACUGCAGAGUACAAGCCUCAAAGGAAGAAAAACGACGAUCAGGAGCAGCUGCCUGAACCUGUGGAAAGAAAACAGACACUUACUGCUGAAAGGGUUCUUGGCAUUCUGAAAAGAAUAACUGAUGAGGAUUGCAAACUCUUGGGCCUAAAUCCAAAGUAUGCUCGGCCUGACUGGAUGAUUCUGCAAGUCCUUCCAAUUCCACCACCUCCUGUGAGACCAUCAGUUAUGAUGGACACCUCAUCUAGAAGUGAGGAUGAUCUAACUCAUCAGUUGGCGAUGAUUAUAAGGCACAACGAAAACCUCAGGAGACAAGAGAGAAAUGGUUCUCCUGCACAUAUCAUUUCAGAGUUUGCACAACUAUUGCAGUUUCACAUAGCCACAUAUUUUGAUAAUGAAUUACCUGGACUACCCAGGGCCACACAGAGAUCUGGGAGGCCCAUUAAAUCUAUUUGUAGUAGGCUCAAGGCAAAAGAAGGCCGGAUAAGAGGAAACUUGAUGGGAAAACGUGUAGAUUUUUCAGCUCGAACUGUGAUAACACCUGAUCCAACAAUUAAUAUUGAUGAACUGGGAGUACCGUGGAGCAUUGCUUUGAACCUUACGUAUCCGGAGACCGUGACACCAUAUAAUAUAGAGAGGUUAAAGGAACUUGUUGAAUAUGGUCCCCAUCCUCCCCCUGGUAAAACCGGUGCCAAGUACAUCAUACGAGAUGAUGGGCAGAGGCUUGAUCUUCGAUAUCUUAAAAAAAGUAGUGAUCAUCAUUUGGAGCUUGGGUACAAGGUGGAGCGUCAUUUAAACGAUGGUGAUUUUGUACUUUUUAAUCGUCAGCCUAGUCUCCAUAAAAUGUCUAUAAUGGGACACAGAAUCAAGAUUAUGCCCUACUCAACUUUCCGCCUAAAUUUAUCUGUCACGUCACCUUACAAUGCUGAUUUUGAUGGCGAUGAAAUGAAUAUGCAUGUUCCUCAGUCAUUUGAGACAAGGGCAGAAGUAUUGGAACUCAUGAUGGUUCCCAAAUGCAUUGUGUCGCCUCAGUCAAACCGUCCUGUAAUGGGUAUUGUGCAAGAUACUCUGCUAGGGUGCCGGAAAAUUACAAAAAGGGACACCUUUAUAACGAAGGAUGUUUUUAUGAAUAUCUUGAUGUGGUGGGAAGAUUUUGAUGGGAAAAUUCCUGCCCCUGCAAUUUUAAAGCCACAACCUCUUUGGACGGGAAAACAAGUUUUUAAUCUUAUUAUACCAAAGCAGAUUAAUCUCACGAGAACUUCUGCCUGGCAUUCUGAGUCUGAAACUGGAUUCAUAACUCCUGGGGAUACUUUUGUUAGGAUUGAGAAGGGGGAGCUACUUUCUGGAACUCUUUGCAAGAAGGCACUUGGAACAUCAACUGGAAGUCUUAUACAUGUUAUUUGGGAGGAGGUUGGUCCGGAUGCAGCCCGAAAAUUUCUGGGUCAUACUCAAUGGCUCGUCAAUUACUGGCUUUUGCAGAAUGCUUUUAGCAUUGGGAUUGGGGAUACAAUUGCUGAUGCAGCAACCAUGGAGAAAAUUAAUGAAACUAUCUCUGCAGCUAAAAAUGAAGUGAAAAACCUCAUCAAGAAAGCCCAAGAACGGAGUUUAGAACCCGAACCUGGACGAACGAUGAUGGAUUCAUUUGAAAACAAAGUGAAUCAGGUCCUGAAUAAGGCUCGUGAUGAUGCUGGUAGUAGUGCACAAAAAAGUUUGUCAGAGAGUAACAAUCUGAAAGCUAUGGUUACUGCAGGAUCCAAGGGCAGUUUUAUCAAUAUCUCCCAGAUGACUGCUUGUGUGGGGCAGCAGAAUGUUGAAGGGAAGCGAAUACCAUUUGGUUUCAUUGAUCGAACAUUGCCCCAUUUCACUAAAGAUGAUUAUGGGCCCGAAAGUCGUGGCUUUGUUGAGAACUCGUAUCUUCGAGGAUUGACUCCACAGGAGUUCUUUUUUCAUGCUAUGGGUGGUAGGGAAGGUCUUAUUGAUACUGCAGUCAAGACCUCUGAAACAGGGUACAUUCAGAGGAGGCUGGUGAAGGCCAUGGAGGAUAUCAUGGUUAAAUAUGAUGGGACUGUUAGAAACUCAUUGGGUGAUGUUAUUCAGUUCCUUUAUGGUGAAGAUGGUAUGGAUGCUGUUUGGAUAGAAUCUCAGAAACUAGAUUCUUUGAAAAUGAAGAAAAAGGAAUUUGAGAGGAUCUUCAGGUAUGAGUUUGAAGAUGAAAACUGGAAGCCAAAUUACAUGUUGCCAGAGCAUGUAGAAGAUUUGAAAACCAUCAGAGAAUUCCGGAAUGUGUUUGAGGCUGAGGUUCAAAAGCUUGAAGCGGACAGGUAUCAAUUGGGAACAGAAAUUGCAACUACAGGUGAAAACUCUUGGCCAAUGCCAGUUAACCUCAAAAGGCUUAUUCAGAAUGCACAAAAGACCUUCAAGAUUGACUUUCGAAGGGCUUCUGAUAUGCAUCCUAUGGAAAUUGUUGAAGCUAUUGACAAACUUCAAGAGAGGCUGAAGGUCGUUCCUGGGGAAGAUCCUCUAAGUGUGGAGGCUCAGAAGAACGCCACCCUUUUCUUCAAUAUAUUACUCCGAAGCACUUUUGCUAGCAAAAGGGUUUUGGAUGAAUACAGGCUUACACGUGAAGCAUUUGAGUGGGUUAUUGGAGAAAUAGAAUCACGCUUCCUUCAGUCACUAGUUGCACCUGGUGAAAUGAUUGGCUGUGUUGCUGCACAGUCCAUUGGAGAGCCAGCAACUCAGAUGACUCUUAAUACCUUCCAUUAUGCUGGUGUCAGUGCCAAAAAUGUCACUCUUGGUGUUCCCAGAUUGAGGGAAAUCAUCAAUGUAGCCAAGAGAAUCAAAACACCUUCUCUUUCAGUCUAUCUGAAACCUGAAGCUAAUAAAACUAAGGAGAGAGCAAAGACUGUUCAAUGUGCUUUGGAAUAUACUACUCUUAGAAGCGUUACGCAAGCUACGGAAGUAUGGUAUGAUCCUGACCCCAUGAGCACGAUUAUUGAAGAGGAUAUUGAUUUUGUAAAAUCCUACUAUGAGAUGCCAGAUGAAGAAAUUGCUCCUGAGAAAAUCUCCCCAUGGUUGCUUCGAAUAGAGUUGAAUCGUGAAAUGAUGGUGGAUAAGAAACUAAGCAUGGCGAAUAUUGCUGAGAAGAUCAACCUUGAAUUUGAUGAUGAUUUGACUUGCAUAUUUAAUGAUGAUAAUGCUGAGAAGUUGAUACUUCGUAUCCGUAUCAUGAACGAUGAAGCCCCAAAGGGGGAGUUGACUGAUGAAUCAGCUGAAGACGAUGUGUUCUUGAAGAAAAUCGAGAGCAAUAUGCUAACUGAAAUGGCUCUUCGAGGAAUACCAGACAUCAACAAAGUUUUCAUUAAAUGUGGUAAAGUGAACAAGUUCGAUGAGAAUGAAGGUUUUAAGCCAGAGAUGGAGUGGAUGUUGGAUACAGAAGGUGUCAAUCUUUUGGCCGUUAUGUGUCAUGAAGAUGUUGAUGCGAGGAGGACCACAAGCAACCAUUUGAUUGAAGUUAUUGAAGUUCUUGGGAUUGAAGCAGUUCGACGUUCUCUCCUAGAUGAAUUGCGUGUUGUUAUAUCCUUUGAUGGAUCUUAUGUUAAUUACCGACAUCUUGCCAUCCUUUGUGACACCAUGACUUAUCGUGGCCACUUGAUGGCGAUUACUCGUCAUGGUAUUAACCGAAAUGAUACUGGACCAAUGAUGAGAUGCUCAUUUGAAGAAACUGUGGAUAUCUUACUUGAUGCUGCAGUGUAUGCUGAAACUGAUCACUUGAGGGGUGUAACUGAAAAUAUAAUGUUGGGUCAGCUGGCCCCCAUAGGAACAGGAGGUUGUGCUCUGUAUCUCAACGAUGAGAUGUUGAAGAAUGCUAUUGAACUCCAGUUGCCUAGUUACAUUGACGGUCUGGAUUUUGGCAUGACACCUUCCCGUUCUCCUAUCUCAGGAACUCCUUAUCAUGAAGGGAUGAUGUCUCCUAAUUAUUUGUUGAGCCCAAAUCUCCGCCUUUCACCUAUCAGUGAUGCUCAAUUUUCACCCUAUGUAGGUGGAAUGGCUUUCUCUCCUACUUCAUCUCCAGGUUAUAGCCCAUCAUCUCCGGGCUACAGUCCAUCAUCCCCUGGCUAUAGUCCCACAUCUCCUGGUUAUAGUCCUACUUCUCCGGGAUACAGCCCUACCUCUCCGGGCUACAGCCCAACAUCUCCCACUUACAGUCCUAGUUCGCCGGGUUAUAGCCCAACUAGUCCUGCAUAUUCUCCUACGAGUCCAUCUUAUUCGCCCACCUCUCCCAGUUACAGCCCUACCUCUCCAAGCUACAGCCCCACCUCUCCUAGUUACAGCCCCACGUCACCAAGCUACAGUCCCACUUCCCCAAGCUACAGCCCCACUUCGCCUGCUUACAGUCCCACUUCACCUGCUUACAGUCCCACUUCCCCUGCAUAUAGCCCAACUUCACCUUCCUACAGCCCUACAUCACCUUCUUAUAGUCCCACAUCUCCUUCCUACAGCCCAACAUCUCCGUCUUACAGUCCUACAUCACCUUCGUACAGCCCCACCUCUCCAGCAUAUAGCCCCACCUCCCCUGGCUAUAGUCCCACAUCUCCGAGCUAUAGCCCCACUUCUCCUAGCUAUAGUCCCACAUCACCUAGUUAUAAUCCUCAAUCAGCUAAAUACAGUCCAUCACAGGCAUACUCACCCAGUAGUCCUCGGUUGUCUCCUUCAAGUCCAUAUAGCCCGACUUCACCGAACUACAGCCCAACAUCACCAUCAUAUUCACCUACUUCUCCAGCAUAUUCUCCAUCAAGCCCGACCUACAGUCCCAGCAGUCCAUAUAAUACAGGACCCAGCCCAGACUACAGCCCCAGUUCUCCACAAUACAGUCCAAGUGCAGGAUACUCACCUACUGCUCCUGGGUAUUCUCCAUCAUCUACUAGUCAGUACACUCCACAAACAAGUGACAAGGAUGAUAGGAGUAGAAAGGAUGAUAGGAACAAUCGAUGAGGGUUCAUAGCAAAUAUCCUUGAAGGAGGAGGGUGAAGUUCUUGAAGCCCUGAUAUCGCUGAUGAUAAAAAGGAGGCUAACUGGUAAUAUGUAAAUGUCAGACCCUCAAAUCUCCGGAUGGGAAGAGGUGAAUAAAUGACCAAACACUGAGGGAUGUUGCUCGGAAUGGACAACAUUAUAUCAUUAACUAGGCUUUCGCAAGCGUGCUUACUUUUGCUUUGAAGAAUUUGUCGAACAUAUUAAGAAGCAAAAACUUGUUCCCUUACAAUUAGUGCCACACUUUCCAUGUAAUUUUGUACCUUGCCAAAUAGUAGAUCAUUAUUUGAAGAACCCUGUAAUUUGUGUGAUGAUAUUGGAAGCCUGGAACUCUUCUAUAACAGUAUUCCCUUUUUUAAGCUAAA